AUGGGCAUUGAAAAGAUAAAUUUUGAGUGGAGUGAUACUGUGAAUUUGAGGAUGAGUAUGGUGAUUGAGUUGGAGGAAUUCCGACUUAGAGCUUAUGAUAUUUCAGCUUUGUACAAGGAGAAGAUGAAUUUGUAUCAUCACAAAAAGAUUGAGAAAAGGGUGUUCAAUCUUGGUAACGUGGUCUUAUUGUAUAAUUCAAGGAUUUUCUUAUUUCUUGGCAAGUUGAAGUCUACGUGGCAUGGACCAUUCACUGUGGUUAGCGUAUUCCCGUAUAGUGCAUUUGAUUUGAAGCGAGACCGAGAAGCCCAAUUCAAGGUGAAUGGGCAACAUUAUAAGAACUAUAUAAGAUAUAUUGAGGAAGUAAAGGUUUCUAUUGAGUUUAAAGCACGGGAAAACACUUGGAAGCUGAUAAAAUUGCAAAAUUUUGACAAGUCCAGCACAGAUAUAGUGGCACCAAAAGCUGCAUAG